AUGUUGGUCGCUGUCAUUUUUGUUUCCCUAUAUUUUUUCACAACUUCACAUGCCGCUUCAAAUUGUUUGUCUCCAGAGCUCAAAAAACAAGCGAUCACAUGUGUUGAGGUGAGAAAUUAGAAAAUUUGAAAAUCUGUGACAAACAAAAUUCCAGAGUCUCACUCCACUUUUCAACGAGCUCAAAAAAUCGCAAGCUGCCAACUUUGAUGAUAAAAACAGCUAUGACAAGCUCAACCAACUUUGCGAAACUUCGUUGAAAUGCUUCAAAACCCUCGAAAAAUGUGCCGAAAUUCCAAAAGAAGUCAUCGAUGGCUCUGAAGAUAUGUGCAGUUUGACGAAAUUUGUGAACGGCCCAAAAUUCUCGCAAUGCAUGAAAACAAUUGAUGCGAAAAAGGACAAAUGUACUACCGAACUUUUUGUUGGACCACAACAAUUAGAGGGUGCACUGCCUCCCCAAAUCUACGUGUGUGUGGAAAAACGAAAAAUGUCUGGCACGCUCUCGCAAACACACACUCUCUCGCACACAACUUUUUACUUUUAUUUCGCGAAAACAGUGCAUAUUAGGAGCUGAUUUUUAUGUGUUUUUCAUCGGAACCACAAUAUGUGUUAUACAUAGUUCGAAAGAGAAUUUCUUCGGCUACAAACACAUAUGAAAUGUUAUAAACGAAACCGAGAUAAAAAAAUAAAAAUUUCAUGCAAACAUGACAUGGUUUUUUUGAAUUGUGUGAAAAACGCAUGUGUUUUUUGAUGACCUGGCUUAUUUUUUGAAUAUCGAAUAUAUGUAUAAUCGAGUCGUAGUUUUGUUCAGAAUCUCAAGGGCUUUUUCAGAUGAUGUAAAUCAAUUUUUAUGAAAUUGUGAAAUCAUGGAGGAGUAGGGAUUUUUCGUUUGUCAAUUUUUAAAACGAAAUUUUCAUUUUCAUUUGAAAGGAACUCGAAUGAAGUUUACAUACGUUUUAAAGAGAAUUUCUCGGGCUUCAAAAUCAUAUAUAUUUCUAUACACAAAAAUGGAAAUUGAAAGCACCGCUUUCGAUUGAAAACUCACCGCUGUUUUUCGCAACGCUACUGAACGCGGUUUGUUUGUUUGGUGCAAACCCAACAAGUUUUCAACCGAAAGCGGUGCUUUCAAUUUCCAUUUUUGUGUAUAGAAAUAUAUAUGAUUUUGAAGCCCGAGAAAUUCUCUUUAAAACGUAUGUAAACUUCAUUCGAGUUCCUUUCAAAUGAAAAUGAAAAUUUCGUUUUAAAAAUUGACAAACGAAAAAUCCCUACUCCUCCAUGAUUUCACAAUUUCAUAAAUAUUGAUUUACAUCAUCUGAAAGCCCUUGAGAUUCUGAACAAAACUACGACUUGAUUAUACAUAUAUUCGAUAUUCAAAAAAUAAGCCAGGUCAUCAAAAAACACAUGCGUUUUUCACACAAUUCAAAAAAACCAUGUCAUGUUUGCAUGAAAUUUUUAUUUUUUUAUCUCGGUUUCAUUUAUAACAUUUCAUAUGUGUUUGUAGCCGAAGAAAUUCUCUUUCGAACUAUGUAUAACACAUAUUGUGGUUCCGAUGAAAAACACAUAAAAAUCAGCUCCUAAUAUGCACUGUUUUCGCGAAAUAAAAGUAAAAAGUUGUGUGCGAGAGAGUGUGUGUUUGCGAGAGCGUGCCAGACAUUUUUCGUUUUUCCGCACACACGUAGAUUUGGGGAGGCAGUGGGGUGAUCGAGAGGAUAAAUGUGAUAAUUAUAAGAAAAAUGGGGACUGUGCAAGAAAGUUUAUUGCAACUUCUUGUAGCGCUGAUGCCUUGAAAGCUUUUGAUUCUUUCAAAACUGAAACAACCAAAAGACUCAAAUGUUAA